AUGAGGAUAAGCAUACUUUCUCCACUUUACAUUUUACUAUUUUUGUUAGUGGUUCCUGGGCAUUUGUUAUCCACAAAUGAAUCAAUUGACAACAACAUUCAAUCACAAGACGAAAGUGAACGAGUUUUACAUUUUAUUAAAGAUAUGGAUGGAAAAAUGAAAACGUUAAUAAGAUCCGUAGUCAAUUCCAAUUUACCUUACAUGUUGAAGAUGUUCGAAGAGGUGAAGUUAUCUUCUUCGUGCAUGAGUAGUUUAAUGCGAUUCGUGCAAGAUUUCAUGAAAAUGAAAGAUUGGACGUUUAGUUUAUUGGAUUCUAUCGGUAAACCUCCCUCGGGAUUUUUACGAGGAACAUUGUGGAUGCGAGGUGAUUACGAUCAAUGCCUUGAUAUCGAAACCAUAGAAAAUAAAAUCAUCCGAGGAAAAUUCUGUUCAGUUCUUAUGAAAUUGCCAAAGUUACGACAGGAUACAAUGCAGAUGAUUUCUUCGUCCGACAUCACAAUCGUUCAAUUAUUGAAGAAUCUCUCUAAACCAUUUUCUAUAUCUCAAAUUGUAAGCUUGUUGGACGAUCUGCGUUUAGAUGUUUGUAUUCCAGAUUCCUGUAGUGAAAAUGACUUGGAAAAUAUUGGAAAUUGGCUGAUAGGGAAUUACGUAGAAAUUGAAGUAGAAUUCUGUAAAACGAAAGAAGAGAAGAAUGAAUAUUCAAUGCCUCAACUAAUUUGUUUAUCCGUGUUCGGCGCUUUAAUAGUUUGCAUAAUCUUAGCAACAUCCGUUCAUACUUUGUUGAAAUUACAAAUAGUUAGCAAGGAAAGGAUAAACGGGAAAAUAUUUGAUAUUGUUGUUUCUAUAUCGGCACUCACCACUUCAAGUAAAUUGUUUUCCAACAACAUUUACGAGAAGACAAAAGCUCUAAGCGGAAUCAAAGUUUUAUUGUUGUAUUGUGUUAUAUUUGGUCACAUUACGACAACUUCCGAAAUAAUACAGACAAUUUUCGAGAAAAUAUUUGAUACUGUGGUUUCCAUAUCGGCACUGACUACUUCAAGUAAAUUGUUUUCCUGCAAUAUUUACCAGAAGACAAAAGCACUAAGCGGAAUCAAAGUUUUAUUGAUGUAUUGUAUUAUAUUUGGUCACAUUAUGACAACUGCCGAAAUAAUACCGACUGUUUUCGAAAAACGUAUAAAUUUUUCAAGAAUAAUCAAUUACAUACCAAUAGAAAUUUCUUAUAUUUCGUUUGCAUUCAUUGAAAGUUUUUUCUUAAUCAGUGGAUUACUAACAUUUUACACACGAAAACAAAAAGCAAAUUCAAACAUGCAAUAUCUGCAAUUCAUAAUAAACAGAGCAAUCAGGUUAACACUACCAGUUCUUUGUGUUGUGGCCACGAUAAUUAUUUUACCUCUUUUGGGCGAUGGUCCACAUUGGGAAGACGUUAAACGUGAGGCUAAAUUUGCAGAACAACAUUGGUGGGAAUAUGCAUUUCAUACUCACAUUUAUAUGAAUUAUCCAUAUAAGGUUUUGUUUCAUGUUUGGUUUAUGAGUGAUUUGUUACAAUUAGCGAUUAUCACAGCACCAUUGUUAUUCUUGUGUGACAGAUGGCCGAAACAUGGGCAAUUUGUAAUAUUUAUGUUACUUAUUAUCGGCAUUACCUCACACGUGAGUUACAUGGUGAUGACAGACACCUUCCUUUUCAUUGGAUACUCUUAUGACAAGGAAAAAUUGUAUACUUAUUUAUUUAAUAAUUAUACAAGACCGUACUACUCGCACCUCACUUCUUAUUGCACGGGUUUAUUAAUUGGAAAUAUCCUGGCAAACAAAAUGGAGAUGAAAUUCAAAAAAAUUUACCGUGUAAUCUUCUGGAUAAUUUCCUUGUCUUUAUUGAUGUAUUCUACAUUUGGAUUGCACAAACAAAUCACUGAAGUGUCUCCAAACAAAUCUCUUGUUUUUAUUCACAGAGCUUUGUCACCGUUUAUGUUGAUAAUUGGACUUUCUUGGAUAUGUCUAGCUUGUAUAACUGGAUAUGGAGGAGUUGUUAACAGAUUUCUGUCUAUAAAAGUCUUCAGCAUUUUAGAUCGUUUGAAUGUAUGGAUUUACGUGCUUCAUCCUCUAAUUAUACUUUAUAUUUAUACUCAGCUUCGAAAGGCAGCAACCUUUACUAUGAUAAAUAUGUGGAUGCACUUCACCUUAAUCCUGUUCCUUUCGCUGGUUGUAUCUUUCAUCUAUUACAUCUUUAUCCAAGCUCCUCUCGACUUUUUGGUUCUCAAAUUGUUAGGUUCAAGAUCAAGAAAGAAAGCUUCAAUCGAAAAUUGCCAAAUAACAACCAUAAGUAUGCGGCUUCAAUCCGACUGAUAUGAACAGAUUGUGAAAAGCAGGUUAAUUAUAUUAAAUUGUGUUUAACCGAUGUUUUAAGAACUUAUAUUACAUGAAGAAAUUUAACAUAUACUAAAAUGUAUUCACAUGUUAUACCAUUUUAUUAAU